GAGAAAAAAGCCAAGUUAUGGUGUCUUCCAACAACGCACAGAAGGGACAGGAGGUGAUACUGACCUGUAGCACCACCUGUACUCUGAGUGACAACCCCACCUACAUCUGGUACAAGAACGGACAACAUCUAGAUGAGAGCACCUCCCAACAUUACUCUGUCAAGAUAUACUAUUCAGACAGCUACUCCUGUGCUGUUAAAGGCUAUGAAGCUCUCCGAUCUCCUGCAGUGUGUGUUCUGGGUCAGAACUGUUUCAACGUGACUUACACCCAUCAGAGUAUCUGUGCUGUGAAGGGCUCAACAGUGGAACUGCCCUGCACAUAUCAACAUCCAAGUAAUCAUGUAGUCUCAGAACCAAACUGGUAUAUCCAAGAGAAAUAUAAUGAGGCGCCUAAAAUCCUGAGCUCGGUGCCAGAGUAUGCAGGUCGUGCUGAGUACCUUGGGACUAAAGAGAAAGACUGCACCCUGAGAAUCACAGACCUGAGAGAGAGAGAUUCAGCUGAGUACAAGUUCAGAUUUAAAACACAGUAUGCAGAAUGGGGGUACAGCUUCCCUGGAACAACUCUGACUGUCACAGGUCUGCAGGUGAAGGUGACUCCUGCCACAGAGAAAGGGAUUCUGACACUGACCUGUAGCACCACCUGUACUCUGACUGACGACCCCACCUACAUCUGGUACAAGAACGGACAACUUCUCACCAACCCAAACACCCAAGAUAACUACCUGAUCCUAGACCCAGUCAGCAGUGAGGAUGCAGGCAGAUACUCAUGUACAGUAGAAGGCUACAAUAAUCUCCAUUCUCCUGUAUUGUCUGUGGGGGAACAAUCAUCUUUGAAGGAAGCAGCUGUAGGAAUCAUAGUGGUGGUUCUGGUUCUCAUCCUCUGUCUCUCUGGCUUCAUGUGGUUCAGGAAGAAGGCGUCCAUAUCUACCUCUGACACAAGAGACAGGGUAGACACAGCAGAGAAUGGACAGGGAGAUUCUAGUCCAAUGUAUGACAACAUCCCAGGCAUGGCAAUGACCCCUACUGCAGCACAGACAGCGGACCCAUACGACCAGGAUGAUGUUCACUAUGCCAGUGUCCACCACAAAAACCAGGAUGUGCCUCUGUACUUCACCGUCCAACUGCUUCAGCCACAGAAACAGGAUGAGGAUGUCCAGUACGCUGCUGUGAAAUUCAACCACCCCAGUGCUACUCAAUAG